AGGUGUUGUUUUCUGAGUCAUAUGUGUUGGUGUCCCCGCUUGUAAAUAAUGGUGUCUUUAUAAAAUCGUUUAAAAUAACACCUGUAGAAUAAUGUGUACCUGUUUUAAUUAAUUUCCAUUUUUGUGAUAUGUUUUAGUGUGAAAGAAUUUUCUAAGUAGUGCAAUGUAUUCCAGACUUAGGCAUAUUAUAUUUAUAGUUAUCGUAUAUGUAGUAUGGUUAUUUGACUAUAGUAGGUUACAAACACUGGGACCUUCGGACCAACCAGAGGCCUUUUUUAAUGGUUCUUCAUACAUAAGACUGCAAACUACACUAUCAUUAAAAAGACAUACAAGUAUUAGUUUUAGGUCGUGUAUUGGUGGAGAGUUAUUUACACAAAAACACAAUGAUAACACCAUCGAAUUGUCUGUAAAUGGAGAUAUUAUCAAAUUUGUGGUUAACACAGGGGAGCGUUAUUUUGAAACAAAACUGGUUGGCAAUUAUUUAGACAAUAAAUGGCACGUUAUUCAGUUAGAAUAUCGACUUGGCAACUUAACAUUGGCUGUUGAUGAUCACAAGCAGCUAUUUGCAAAUGCAACAUAUCAAUCGGAAGUGUUAACGAAUCCUAAUUUAUACAAUGACGGGGCCAUAUUAAUCGUUGGAAAUCAUUUCAUCGGCUGCAUAUUAGAAGGACCUUCAAUUAUAUUUAAUAAAAGCUUUAUUCAUCCUCAUAACGUUAUAUUCGGUGUAUGUCCAAUUCCGCUCAACUCUUGUUCACCUAAGGAAGAUAUGAAGACAAGUCGAGCCAUUGAUUAUUGUAUUAACGAACCGUGCAUGGGGCAAGGGGCAUGUCAUAGCGGAUCGAACUCUUAUACAUGUACAUGUUCCCCUAGAUAUUCUGGAAAAAACUGUGAAAUUGAUUUGGGUAACUUUUGCGAUAAAAAACCAGCAAUCUGCAAGAAUGGCGCCACUUGCAUUGAAAUAAAUGGGAACUAUCGGUGCAGUUGUGCGCCAGGUUAUGUCGGUGUUAAUUGUGAGCAAGAAGUAAUAAUAAGUCCUCUGUGUACGCCGAAUCCUUGUUUAAAUAAUGGAAUGUGCGUUGUUAAUACGGCUAUAUCUCGAGCACAAUGCAACUGCCUACCAGGAUUUACUGGCGCGCUGUGCGAGGUUAACAUCAACGAGUGCCAAUCCGCUCCAUGCUUAAAUAAUGGAAAGUGCAAGGAUGGUAAUGAUAGUUAUGUAUGUGACUGUACCGCAACAGGGUAUGCAGGCAAAAAUUGUGAAAUUAACAUCAAUGAAUGUCGGACCAAUCCCUGCCAAAAUUUCGGAACAUGUUUUGAUACAUACGGAGGGUUUACGUGUCUUUGUCCACCCGGUUUUGAUGGGAAAAUGUGCCAAUAUAACGUGGAUGAGUGCGUUUCGCAGCCUUGUUUAAAUGGUGGGCAGUGUAUACACAAACUGGGAGGGUACGAUUGCUUGUGUCAAUCCGGAUUUGCAGGCAAAGUAUGCGAAUUGGAAGUUUACGAAAACCCAUGCUUGCCACCGAAUUGCUCUACUGAUACUGUUUGCAUUAAUAAUCCAUGUUUAAAUGGUGGUACAUGCAAUCCGUUAAGCAAUUCUUACAAUUGCACAUGUUCUCAGGGAUAUACAGGUAACUUUUGCCAUAUUACAAACGACUGUCAGUCAGCACCUUGUCUGAAUGGUGGAGUAUGUUAUUCAACUACCAAUGGAUUUCGUUGCAAUUGUACAGAUAAUUGGAUAGGUAAAAUUUGUGAGCAACCGCUUAUAGUUUGCAAAAGUAACUCUUGCCUUAAUGGUGGAACGUGUAUACCAUCUUCCAGUAAAAGAGAUUUUGUUUGUCAUUGUUCAAAAGGGUUUGAAGGUGCAAAAUGUGAAAUAAACAUUGACGAUUGUCUGGGCGCAAUUUGCCCUCCUGGUCAAGAAUGCGUGGACUUGGUUGGUGACUACAAAUGCAGUUGUCCUACAGGAUACAUUGGUCCAAACUGCUCUAUUCUAUAUAACCCUUGUGUAGAGUUGCAACCGUGCCUUAAUGAAGGCACAUGCGUGUUUGACAAAAAAUCUAAUACUUAUUCCUGCAAUUGUCUACCUGGUUAUACAGGUGCGAACUGUGAUACUGACAUAAACGAAUGUAAGUAUACAGGUAUGUCAGUAUGCAAUCAUGGGAUUUGUAUAAAUAAACCGGGAAGCUUUCAAUGCUAUUGCGAACCUGGAUAUACAGGGGAGACCUGUAAUUUGGACUUUGACGAGUGCCUUUCUAUGCCUUGCCGCAACAACGCCACCUGCCUUAACAAAAUCAAUAACUUUGAGUGUGUUUGUCCGCCUGGUUAUACUGGUAAAGAUUGCUCAAUUAAUAUAAACGAAUGUGAUCCAAUGCCCUGCGUUGCUGGUUCUACUUGCAUAGACGGAAUUAACGAAUUUAUGUGCGUUUGCCAACCGGGUUUAACGGGCAAACUGUGCGAUGUCAAUAUUGAUGAUUGCGAAUCGUCUCCUUGUCUGAACGGGGCGCAAUGCAUAGAUGGCUUAAACAGCUACACCUGUAAUUGUACAGAUACCGGAUUUGUUGGACUGCACUGCGAGAUUAAUAUUAACGAUUGCGUCGGUAAUCCAUGCCAAAAUGGUGGAGUGUGCGUUGAUGAAAUUAAAAAUUAUCGAUGCCAGUGUUUUCCUGGUUACACAGGAAAAAAUUGUGAGGAAGAUAUCGAUGAGUGUGAAAGUACACCUUGUAAAAACUUGGGGUUGUGCUUGGAAAAGUCCAACAAAACACUUUACGAACCUAAUGUCGUAGCUACCUUGAAUGUUACAUUGCCAGAUGCGUUCAAUAAAUCAUUUGAUUUUGCAGAUGCAGCAGGGUAUGAGUGCUUAUGUUUAACUGGAGUAACCGGACGCAAUUGCGAAAUAAACAUCAACGAAUGCGAAAGUUCGCCAUGUUUAACUGGGACAUGCGUCGAUAAAAUAGGAGGAUAUAUUUGCGAAUGUGAUGAUGGUUUCGAGGGGGAACAUUGCGAAAUUGACAUCGACGAAUGCGAAAAAUAUCAACCGUGCAAGCACGGGAUUUGCAUGGAUAGAAGAGCCAAUUACUAUUGCGACUGUGAUCCGGAGUACGGAGGGAAAAACUGUUCCGUACUUCUCACGGGUUGCUUAGAAAAUCCCUGUUAUAAUAAUGGUACUUGCAAGCCGUAUCUAAUUAAUGAAACCGAACACAGAUUUAACUGUUCGUGUUCGAAUGGUUUUCAUGGGGAUAUUUGUGAUAAAGUUACGACAAUGUCACUGUCUGGUCAUUCGCUUGUUGUUGUAAAUACGACACGUGAGGAAGGUUAUGAUAUACAAUUCCGUUUUAAAACUACUCUCGGCGAUGGUUUACUGGCUCUAGGUAAAGGAUCGACAUAUUACAUUUUGGAAUUGUCUCGUGGUAGACUCAAUUUACACUCCAGCCUGUUGAAUAAAUGGGAAGGCGUUUUCAUUGGUUCUAAGUUGAAUAACAGCUCCUGGCAAAAGGUAUUCGUUGCCAUCAACUCAUCUCAUCUAGUUCUAUCGGCAAAUGAUGAACAGACUAUAUAUCCUAUUAGUUACAAUGAAAAUUAUAAUGUCAGCUCUACCAGUUUUCCGACAACCUACAUUGGAGGUAUACCUAGCAAUUUGCGAAAGUUGACCCACGAACAACCAUUUCUGGUGGGCUGUCUUGAAGAUGUUUUAAUAAACAAUGAGUGGGUUCUUCCAGAAGUUCAAAACUUUACUGGCAUGGGUUUUCAGAAUGUUGACGUCGGUUGUCAGCGUGAACCCCAGUGCAAUCCAAACCCUUGUCAUUCUGGAGGGCACUGUACGGAUAAGUGGCGAGAUUUUAGUUGUACUUGUGAAAGACCAUACUUAGGCCACACUUGUCAAUACAAUUAUACUGCCGCGACUUUUGGAUAUGAAAAUAUUACAAGUUCUCUGGUAACAGUAACUGUAGCGGAUUUGGCGCGUAGAGCAGUACGUUCUAUUGUCGAUAUCAGCAUGUUUAUUCGUACCCGUCAAUCGGGGGGUCAGAUUUUUUACAUUGGUUCGGCUACAGGCCCAAAUACUAUUGUCGACGAAACGUAUAUUGCUGCACAAUUGGAAGGGGGCGAAUUAUUGGUGCGCAUUCAAAUUAACGGUACUCCGGAAUCAUAUACAGUAGGAGGAGUCAAGCUUAACAACGGUUACAAUCACUUAAUUCAAGUGAUUAGAAAUGUUACUCUUAUUCAAGUAAAACUCAAUGGAACCGAGUAUUUUAGAAAAACGAUUUCGUCAACGGGUGUUCUAGACGCACAGGUUCUAUUCCUAGGAGGGCAGCCACAGUUGAGACCCGUGCGACAGGCGGGAGAUAGUCCCAAGGCAGACCUUACGGCCACAACUGGGGCAGCUUCGACCAUCACUACACCUCUUAGCAUGAUUCAUUUUAAGGGCAUCAUACAAGAUGUACAGAUUAGUAACGGAUCAAAAAUUAUGGUGGUGGAAUUCUUCCCAUUACAUGUGGAAGAACUCGACAUUCCAGUGUCAUUUGGAACUGUGUCUUUUGAUAACUUUACAAUUAAACAAGGAGUGCUGUCAGAUGAUUCUUGCAGGAAUAGUCCUUGCAAACAUGGCACUUGCGUUAAUACUUGGAAUGACUAUCGGUGCAUAUGUGAACGUGGUUUCAAAGGCAAGGAUUGCACAGAAGUGGAAUUUUGUGAAUUAGAAAGAUGCCCAGAAGAUUCACAAUGCAAAAAUCUGGAGGACGGUUACGAGUGCAUCGCCAACGUCACCUUUGACGGUGAAACGCCACCUUUGAUAUACAAUCUUGUACGCCGUGACACAGCAAAAAGCCUACAUUUCGAUCACAUCGAAGUGACGUAUCGUACAAAGUCGUGGGGAACAUUACUAUUUGCCAAAUAUUUAGAUAAUCAUUUCAUCGUUUUUAUUUACCAUGAUGAAGUGAUUGUUGAUUGGAAUGUUGGGGACGAUAUGCAACGGAGGCGUUUCUACAGGGAAAAUUUUGAAGGCCAAUGGCUUACUUUACAUUUCGAAUUUAAAGAUAAAAUAUUCAGAGGCGGCUUUAAAGAAAUGAUAAAUGAUGACGCUCCCAAUUUUGUUAUUGAUCAUUUUAACUAUGCAAAUCUGACUGAGGUAUUUAGUAAAGGUAUAAUAUAUGUAGGAGGCAGCGAUAACAAGACACUUAAUUAUCGAAAAAUUUUAAACAAUGACGAAUAUGGUAAUGGAACAAACUAUCUAUCGUUUAUUGAAACCACGACUGAUUUUUCGUUUACAAAUAAUGCAUUAGAUUUGCCAGUAAAUGGAUUCACAACUGAUUUGCCCUUAUACAAAAGCGAUAUGAAUAAAUCAUCAGAUAGAUUCAAGGGCUGUGUUGGAGAAAUACGCGUUGGUAAGCUUUUAGUUCCGUUUUAUGUGACUCCAAAGCUAUACAGAAGCGAUAAUUAUCCACAACAGUAUUUUGAUCUAUUGGCCGCAGACGAUAUUAUUGGUUGCCAGUUGUGCUAUAAUAACGAUUGCUUUAACGGCGGAAAGUGCCUAGAUCCCAUAAACACUUACCAAUGCAAUUGUCCAGAUGGGUUUACUGCAGAUGAUUGCUCCAUCGAUAUUAACGAGUGUGAAAACAACAAAUGCAAGAAUAAUGCGACAUGCAUUGAUAAAAUUGCCGCUUACGAAUGUGAAUGUUUAAAUGGAUUCGAAGGGCAAUUUUGCGAACACGAAAUUAACGAGUGUGACAGUAAUCCAUGCCGACACAAUGGUACCUGUAUUGACUUAUUGGGAGCCUUUAAAUGCGACUGCCCUGAAGAUUAUGUUGGCAAACAGUGUGAGGCGAUACGAAUAAUUACAUGUGAAAACCUACCGUGUCAUGAAGGUGCAACAUGUCACGAUGGCCGGAAUAUCGAAACUGGCAACAAUUUUACCUGCAAGUGUAGUGAGGGAUUUGUGGGACCUUUGUGUGAUCGAGCAUACUGUCUUGUAAAACCUUGUGAAAACGAGGGUCAUUGCAAUGCAUCUCAAUCCCAUCCUGCUUGCGCAUGCAAGGCAGGUUUUGAUGGAAAAUUUUGUGAAGUUAAUAAAGAUGAUUGUGUAUUACCUAUGGGUCAAAAUCCUUGUGAAAAUGGAGGGAUUUGUUUCGAUGGCGUUGAUCGAUUCGAUUGUAAUUGCACAGGAACAGGUUAUUCUGGUUUACUGUGCGAAUUAGAUAUUGAUGAAUGUAGCGAAGGAAAUAUGUGUGGUGAUGGAACAUGUGUAAACCUACCUGGGUUAUAUACAUGUGUUUGUCCGGUAGGUAUGUGUGGAUAUGGGUGCAAACUUAACGAUCCAUGUCAAAGUAUGCCAUGUGAUCAUGGUAAAUGUGUACCUAAAUGCACAGAUGUAUCCAAUUAUACAUGCGAAUGUGACGCACGAUGGAUGGGAAUGAACUGUUCCAUAAAUAAGCUGGAAGCUCGGCAAGAAACAGAGGGCGUUAAUGUUCUCUAUAUUGUGAUUCCAAUAGUAGUAAUAAUUGUAGUAGGUCUUUUGAUUGCUGCAGUUAUUUUAGUUAAUAUGGCUCGUAGUAAGCGAGCGACUCGAGGUACUUACAGUCCCAGUGCCCAAGAGUUUUGCAAUCCUAGAGUCGAAUUGGACCAUGUACUUAAACCACCUCCUGAAGAGCGGCUAAUUUAAUGUUAUUGUUUUCCAAUUGCAGCUGUAAUUAUGUAGUAUUUUUCUAAUUUAUUUAUUUUUUACAAGGGUGGGCAUAGGGAAAAAUGUUACUCUAUGGUUUAGGCAAUGUGAUUAUGUAUUAUUUUCUUGUGACAAAUUUUUUAUUCAAAUAUGUUGAAUCUCUACGCUUUCGCCCUCAAAGUAAAAGUCUGCGAUUUCAAGCCAGUUGAUGCUUGAAAUUUAACUCUCUACAGCACGUGAUUAAACCAAAGGUAUGGCGUUGUACAUAAUUUUAUUACAAUUUAUUCUUAAUUUUAUUGUUAAAUUUUACAAACACGGUACUUAAUUAUUCCAAUGAAACAAAGUGCAUCUUAAUAUCCGUCCAUGGUGGUAUUAAAUUUUAUAUUUACAUUCUACAUUUGUAAAAGCAUUUUAAAUAAAAAUUUUAAUAUUG